UGAGUUUGCCGGGAGAACAGCAGCCGACCGACGUCCGGUUUCCGCCGACCGAUCAGUCGUUUCUCACGCACACCUUAACGCGUUUACCGCAAAGAGUAUCGAUUCGCAGUCGUCCACGUUAGUCCAUGUCCGUGCUCGAGUCGAAUUGUUUUAAAAAAAAAAAAUAUUAAUUUUAACUCGGACCGUAGGCAAAACAGUGCGACCGUCGUUUUACAGGCAAGAAUAAAAUAAUUGUAAAAAAAAAAAAAAAACAGUGGGAAAACCAGAGAAAAUUACAAUUUAUCAACCAUUAUGGGUGCGUUCGCUUGGUUACUGAUGCCUCUGAUAUCCGGUGCAAUGGUCGCUACCGCCGAACAACAAUGGAAGUCCAAUUUCAGGUACAAGCCUUACACGUGGGGCGAAAGUAUGUACCCGAUCAAGUAUUCGACAGCUUACAAGGCGGCGUCUGGGUUCCCGGCGACCAACAAUAACGAGAGGUUUUCUGCGCCCAAGUCGGACGGUUGCGAUCUGCACAAAAUCGUCUUCACCCAAGAUUCACGCUCGCCUCAGUACGUCCUGUACAAGUCGAAAAUCCCGGACAUCAAGGAGUUCACGCUCUGCCACUGGCACAACAUCUUCAACUAUACUCACGACCAUCCGAUAUUUUCAUACUCGCUGCCCGGAAGACACAGAGUCAUCUAUUCGUGGAUAGAAAAUUCGCCGGAGAAGACUUAUUACAACUUGGCCAUUAACGGCCACACGAUUUACAGAAUGAACUAUCCGGAAAAACUAUUCAAAUGGUAUCACGUUUGCCAGUCGUGGAACGGUCACACCGGCGAAUGGCAACUCUGGGUCAACACUGAGAGGGUGGGCAGAGGAUUCUACAAUCUGAUGGUCGGCAAACUCAUCAAGGGCGGCGGAGUGGCCAUUAGCGGCCGGGAAUACCUGGACCACGCGUUCGCCGUGGGCAAGAUGGCGUAUUCGGGAGAGCUGACUCUGAUGACCAUGUACAAGGCGGCGCUGACCGCCGGCAAGGCGUACAACGACCAUAAGCACCAUCACGCGCACAACUUCCACCACGGUUACGACCCGGCCAUCGACGAGGCCGACGACAACGAGGACGACGAAGCGUCGGCGUUGACGCCCGAACCUACUCUACCGCCACACUUGGCGCACGGCGGCGGAUUCGUCAACGGUCAGCGGGACCACAAUUUGCCCAUUCCCCACCUGUCGGCCCGGGACCCGCCCAAGGGACAACAGCAGCAGCAGCAGCAGGACCAACAGUUCAACCUGUUCGACGGCGGCCUUUACGACUUUUAUUCGCCGCUGAAGGCGGACAGUUCGGGAUUCGACGAGACGUUCCGAGUGAACCUGCUGGACAGACAGGACGGCCGGCGCAAGCGGAACGCCACCGAACCGUCCGCCGUCCGAAUGGGCGCACAUGACAACAACGGGUCCGAACGGGACAAGAGAUGGGUGCCGUCCGUGGGCGGAUACCGCAACAGCAGGAACGGGGGCUUCUACCGACCGCCGCUACAGCACCGGUCACCAAUUCCGUCGAAACGCGAACCCGCCGAGUGGGAAGUGUCCAAAGUGGCCGAAGUGUGUGCGGCUUGCAUGGCUGAUCCGUUCGGCGAGGCCAGCAUACUGUCGUGGCAGGACACAAAAAAACAGUUUUACAACGGAGCGCUUUUCAUGCCGGCAUUGCCCAAAUGCUAUUCGUUUUAACGCGCAUUCGAGAAAAAACAAGACCCUUCUGCUCGCCGCCCGCGAUUGCGUUGUCUCCCGCGGCAGUGUACAUUGUAAAUAACAUGUAAGAAUAAGUUCGAAUCGAGCAAUUAUUUUCAAACGAAAGUCUUUCGUGUAGACUGGAAUAAUAGAUUUUUUUAAAUUAUUAUUUACCGAAAGGCGAUUCGCGUGGCCAUAAUAUAAUAUGUACUCGGUAUAACAUAAUAACUAUUAUUAUUAUUUUAUUUUAUUUUAUUAAUAACUUAAGGAGAGCGACUAAAAAGCUACGCGGUCGUUCGUUAUGUUGCCUAUCCGAUUAGCCGUCAGCACCAAACCGAUAACGAAUUCAACGCUGUACUAAAUAUUAUCCCCAGUCGGCUGAACCGAUUUCAAUGUAAAUGCCGAAAGCAGUCCAGUACUUAGUAUAGCCAGAUGAAAGCCUAGUUAUAAGAUAUUUUUUCAGCCUUCUCUCUACCCUUGGUUGUAAUCCCGUUUCGGAUAAAUACAUGUUGUUAUAAAAUUUUCAGUAGGCACACCAUUUCAAGGUCAGGUAAAUAGAUAAAUAAACAAUUUGAAACUACAAAAGCCUAUCCGUGUCUCGACGACGUUUAACAAGAUUGGUUCAAACUGUUUUUGUUGUUUUUACCGUUAGCAUCAUUAUGUAUGCGUUGGCUUCUAUACAUUAACAGCGGAUCGCAAUUUAAACUUGUAUUGUUUGUAUUAAACCCUUCGGCGUGCCCUUUUAACCCUUGUGUUUUGCACAAAUUAACAAGGCAACCCGAAGAUUGUUAUUGUUUCGACUUUUAGCCGCGUGUAUAAUAUAUAAAGACAUUUGCUAAAUAAUAUACAUAACUGUACAUAUUAUAUUAAGUUUCACUCAAAUGUAUUAAUAAAUUAAUAAGUGGUAAACCAAAACAUAAACCCUUAGGUCAUAAUAUAAACGAUUUUGUUUAAUAAUAGAUUAUAGUAUAACUGUGAUAUCGUUACCGUGUAUAUACUAUUAUUAU